AAAUGAAGUGGAGGAAGAUCCAAUAUUGUUCCUUUACUCAUAGGCUUUCUGGUCAAGGGAUUUGCAUCAAUGGGGUUUCAAUAUGUGAUAGUUUGCUUUGAUGUUAAGGCUGAGAAAUUUAGGUUUAUUGAUGGAUGGUAUAUUCAUCAAUUGAUAAAUUAUAAGGGUAAAUUAGGUGGGGUUAAUUUGCACUAUGAGCAGCAUAGUGAAUGGAAUGGUGGAUGGUAUAUCCGUGAGUUACGACUAUGGGUUCUAGAGGAUGUCGAGAAACAGGAAUGGUCGAAAUAUGUCUACCCUUUUUGGGAGAAUGGAUACCGCAAUCCUCUUUCCGUUGUUGGGAUGACUAUGACAAGUGAAAUUGUUUUGUCGGAGACUUGGGGAUCUAGGCCUUAUAAUGUUUUCUACUUGAGUCCCGAGAGGAAAACUUUCCAAUGUGUUAACUUCCAAGGUGUUGGAGCUAAACAUGAAAAGUUUAAUCAUUGUGGUAUAGUUUAUGCCUUUGUAGACCAUGUUGAGGAUCUUAGUGUUAACGAUGCAAAGCAACUCAAGUCAAGCAUAUAUGCUCUAGAUCGAUCGUUGUAUGUUUGAGAGCAUUAACAAAUUUGAU